CUGCUGCCACUUGCCACCAACAAGCCUUAAGACUUUAGAAGAGAGACACUCCGGCAAACAAGCCUUGGGAUGAACCCAUUCAGAGCCGCGUCUCGGACAGAUGCACAAUGGCUGUUUGUGGGCCCCUCCUCGGCAUUCCUCGACGUUAAGUCAGACGGUGCCAAUUUAUCGCAAUCUCGAGCCUGCAACGCAGGUUUUAAGCCCGGAUGCAAAGCCUUUUACACAUCAAAUGAAGACGGUGAAAAUGGCUCUCAAAAUCACAAGGGGUUAGUCGAGGCGGACCUCGAUGAGGCGUUAGACCUAAAGAGCCAGAUUCUCGUGUUUCAGUACAAAGGAAAAUUCCACGCCAUAGACCAUCAAUGCCCUCAUUCAUCAUUUCCUCUUUCACGGGGCACACCUUUUGAUAUCGAGGACUUCGGCGUUGUUCUUAGCGCUGGAAUUACUUGUCCGAAACAUGACUGGUCUUUUGAUUUAUUCACUGGAACAGGCGAUCGGGGGAAUUACAAGCUCAAAAUAUGGGAGGUGCAGUUGCGUGGUGUAGAUGGUUCGGAUAAAGAAGUUUGGGUGAGAAAAAAGCAGAGAAUGGGAUAA